AUGUUUGACGAAGUGGACGACGCAUCGCGUCGUGAAAAGUGUUUCACAACCAUCGCUCAACUGCCGACAUUCAUCGACCCAAAACAGAUCCCGGGCAAGAGAUCGCCCUUUUCAACGAUUCAAAACCAUGCAUUUAUACACUCGGUCGAGGUUAUCUUGCCGGAGGACUUUCACUCACAGAUCAAGACGUCGCUCGAGAUGAAACUAGAAAAACCUCAAUAUGCACGAGUAUUCAUGACUCCUUUGUCUCUGCUUGAGCAUGAUUUCUUCAACACAUAUAUCAAGUCAGGAAAUAUCUUGAUGAUAUCCGAAGGACGCUCGGGUUCUGAUAAUGUCUUCACACUCCAAGAUGGUGUACUUCGAAUGGAACUAGGAAAGGAGAUAUAUGAGCGAACAGGUCUCACAGGCAACCCUUUCCGCAGUGGCGGCAGAAAACAUACAAGAGAAAGAUUCUUGGUAGAAUUGAACUUACGGCUACCCUCGAUGCUACAUGGCAAAAAGGGCUUCGAAAGAAUCGUGUGGGCAUUCACGAAUGUUUUGACUCAAUCAAUGGCCUGGCUGUUCCAUGACCUGGAAGCCAACCCUGGUCAGGAUGAAGUCAGAGCAGGAAACAAGCCGAUCAACAAGGUUCAACCACAGUGGAUAACCUGCGAGCCACAGGAAAUUGUUCACGAGCAAAUAAUCACUCCGCCGUUUCUUGAAAACAGGAAAUUACUCGAAGAAAUGUCGGAAGGUGAUCUGCAGGAACACUGUGGCUCCCUAUCCGAAUGGGUUGCCAUGGUUCAGAUGGGUUCUCCGCGAUUAUCUGGGGAAGAUGACAUCGAUCCGUACCUGAGUCGUUAUGCGAUUCCAGACGCAGAUGAAAGCCAGGCCUCUGAUUUGAUAAGCUUAAAAUGGCAUGGCUUGAUAUCGUCCCGUUGGAUUAUGCAGCUGUUCCUCAAUUUGCAAAGCACCAAGGCCAGCAAUUUAUCGUGGUUUGCGCUUUCCGUUGCCACUUUAGGAAAAGAAGCUGUGGAAGGAAGGGACGGAUAUACAGUUAUGGUCCUUCCUAAUGGACAAUCUAGUGGACGGCCGAGUGAACAAUCCCAGGUUAAUAGUGAAGGAACCACAGGACCUGGUCGGAUGAAUUUAUGUUGGGAGUUGAUGGGGGCAUCAGUGACUGAACCCUAG